AGAAGUGAUGCAGCUUGUGAGGCUGAUUAUGAUGCCGCACCCGAGCCGGUGAAGUCGCAGCGUUUCUAUGUUGGAGUAGAUUGCCUUUCAAAUAGAUCGUCUCGUUACGUUCUGGAACAGCUGAAACCACGGGCUAUCUUUGAUGGUCAUACACACUACGGUUGCCGUACUUGGUGGCCCGAAUAUGGCACUUACGAGUGGACAUUAUCAUCAUUUUCAUGGCGUAACAUCGCACAACCAGCAUUUCUCCUUGCCACCAUUUCUCCAGACGAUAUACGUGUCAACAAAUGCUUUUUGCCAAAUGAAAAAACCGUUAUUGGUAUUUACGUUAUCACUGCAUUUGUGCUUUUGCUAUUUAUAUCAUAUCAGCUCUGUGUCUGUAUUCUACAGUACAGGAGAUCGUAUUCAUCUUAUCAAAUUUUAAGCCAAAAAUUUGAUUAG